UUAGGCUUUCUAGAGCUAUUGCAUUUGCAUGCUUGGAUGUGGAAGACAGCAAAAGCACACAAUGUACGAUUAAUGGGCAAUCUCUAGUGUGAGAGUGAAACUACGAUAUCAUAUUGUACUACUGCGCUUUUGCUGUGUAAGAUAGCUUUGUGUGUUUAAAUAAUGGGCCACACUGUAGGGACUUCCAACUUCACUAACCAUGUGCUUCAACCACUCUUUGCUUUGAACUUGCCAUGCCAAUCCCUAUAAAUACCCUUCAACUUCUCCAAUUAUAAACCAAGCUCUAGUUUUUUGGGAGUUCACCUUCAAAGCUCAAUCUCAUGGCUUCUAUACAUAGAGUUCCCAUUGUUGCUUUCUUAGUACUACUGGCUUUAAGUUUAUGUUCUGCUAGAAGGGCUCUACUCACUUUUGAUGCCGGAGGUGGCUAUGGUUUAGGCCAUGGCAUUGUUGGUGGAGGUCAUGGAGGCUCAGGUGGUGGUAUUGGAUAUGGAGGUGGGGGAGUAGGAAAUGGAGGUGGUGGUGGAGGAGGAGCUGGAUAUGGAGGCGACCAUGGAGUUGGAUAUGGAGGUGGUGGUGGGAAUGGUGGUGGUGGAGGUUAUGGUGUUGGCGGAGAGCAAGGUAGUGGUUACGGUGGUGGUGGUGGAGCUGGAGCUGGGGGAGGCUAUGGAGUUGGUGGUGGUGGUGAUGGAGAACAUGGCAUAGGAUAUGGAGGAGGUGGUGGAAGUGGAGGAGGUGGUGGAGGUGGUCAUGGUGCAGGAGGAGCUCAAGGAGGUGGAUAUGGCAUUGGAGGUGGAGCUGGUAUAGGUGCAGGAGGAGAGCAUGGUGGUGGUCAAGGAGGUGGAGCUGGUGGAGGUUAUGGUAAUGGUGGAGAGCAUGGAGGUGGUUAUGGUGGUGGUCAAGGAGGUGGAGCUGGCGCUGGAGGAGGUUAUGGUGGUGGGGGAGAGCAUGGUGAUUCUGGCUAUGGAGGCGGUGAAGGAGGUGGGGCUGGAGGAGGUUACGCUGGUGGGGGAGAGCAUGGCGAGUCUGGCUACGGAGGUGGCAAAGGAGGUGGAGCUGGAGGAGGCUAUGGUGGUGGGGUAGAGCAUGGUGCUUCUGGCUACGGAGGUGGUGAAGGAGGUGGAGCUGGAGGAGGCUAUGGUGGUGGGGGAGAGCAUGGUAUUGGUUACGGUGGUGGUGAAGGUGGUGGUGCUGGCGGAGGUUAUGGAGCUGGUGGAGAGCAUGGCAUUGGUUAUGGAGCUGGUGGUGGAAGUGGAGGUGGAGGUGGAGCAGGCUACGGUGGUGGAGGAGCGCAUGGAGGUGGUGGAGCAUAUGGCAGUGGUGGAGGUGGUGGCAAUGGUGGAGGAGGUGGAUAUGGGGAAGGUGGGGCACAUAGUGGUGGUGCUGGAGGAGGUGGAGGAAGUGGUGGUGGCCAUGGUGGUUAUGUUCCCUGAGAACUACUCUAUCACACAUGACAAAUGGAGUAUAUACAUUGGAGUGUCCCCUUUAAUGCAUCAAGAAUAAGUUUAUGGUAUUAUUGAUAACAAAAUCAUAUUCAUAACUAUAUUACAAGAGCGAGAUUUCAGCACAUGAUUUAUAUGUAACAAAUAUUCCUACAAUUAUUUAUUGCAAUGUUGUGUAACUAUUCUUAACUUUUGUUUUGCACUUAUUAGUAUAUUCCAUUGAAAGAAAUAUAUUGUUGUUUUUAACUUUU